GCGCCGGCCGUCGCCCCGUCGCCGCCGUCCGCCGGCUGCGCGCUCUUCUUCGGCGCCGCCGCGCUGCACGGCCUGCGGCAGCUGCGCAAGGACGCCGCGCGCUCAGAAGAAGAAGAAGAAGAAGAAGAAGAAGAAUGA